GUCAACGCUUAACUGCCGGCGCGCGCCGCGGCGAUGUAGUUUAUCUAGAGCAGAAUUUCGCGGCAGGCGGUUAUCAGGGCAGUGCGAGAGAGACGCCACCCCCCUUCCCUUGGCAUAUGGCGUCAUCGGACGGACGUCGUCGGCGGGGCAAGAAGAGCAAGGCCAAAAAGAAGAAGAAAGAGGCCGGGCCGACGACCGUACAGGACCUCCCCGACCAUCUCUUGGAGCUCGUCCUCGCCCGCAUCGGCCCAUCCCCAUGCCUCGUCCGCGCCGCCGCCGCGUGCAAGCGGUGGUGCCGCGUCGUCGGGAAUCCCGGCUUCUUCGCCCGCUUCGGCCCGGUCCACGCGCAGGCCCCGUACGUCGGCGACUACCACGCCGUCCAGGGCGGCCAACCCCUCUUCGUCCCCUCCUCGCCGCUCGUCGUCGACCGCAGCCGCUUCUCCCUCGAGUUCCUCCCGGAGAGCGGAUCAUGGGACAUCGCGGACAGCCGCGGCAGCCUCCUCCUACUCACCAAGAAGAGGACGCCGCAUUCCUGGCGCGACUACUCCCGCCGUGUUCGCCACUACCCCGACCUUAUGGUAUGCGAGCCGCUCACCGGACUCAAGCAGGGAAUCAUCUGGCCGGGGAAUCUGAACGGCUUCAGUCGCCUUGGGGUGUUCCUGCUUGACGGCGACGAUGCGGACCGCCGCGUCAGCACGUUCAACUUCAGGGUCCUUGCGGCCGUCUACGAUACCAUGGCAUGCGUGUUCUCCACGGGCAGCGACGGCGGCUGGCGCUUCAUUUACAGCGAGAUCACCAGCCACGUCGCGCUCCCAAAGCUCGGCCCCGAAAAUUUCGUAGGGCGUGCAAAUGGCACUCUGUACUGGGGAAUUGACGGAUGCGCCACCGCCGUUCUUGCUCUCGACGAGACCACCGCGGAGUUCUCCAUCUUGGCAUUCCCGGAGAGCGUCUGGGGGCCGUCCCACAAGCGGACCUCACGGAUCGUCGGCGGCGAGGACGGCACGCUGCACGUAAUCCGCCUGAUACGCAACGAGCUAAAGGUCUUCGCGCAGCGGCUUCCGGGUAAUGACGAAGAUGAGUGGUUGCUGGAGAAGCACCUGAAGUUGCCGGAGGCCACCCUUGGGCUGCCGGGGCGCAAGGAGCACUUCUUCCGGCAACUAGCCAUGAUUGUUACGGCGAAUGCUAGAUACGUCCUACUGACACCAAGCGAGAAGACGUGGUUGUUUUCUGUUGAGCUCGACACGAUGCGAGUAGAGCGCGAACAAGAGAGAAACAAGUACGCCGGAGAAGCGUACCCGUGCAGGUCGCCGUGGCCGCCAGCCUUGACCGAUCAUAGCAGGGAUCAGAGGAGGUGAUGACGUCCCUGAUCAUAGCUGGGAGAGGAGGUGAUGAUGAUGCCUGAUUGUCAUGGCUGCCGACUUUGGCUCAUCGUGAUGGUGUCCCUAAUCGUGUAUCAAAAUUUGAAAAGAUUAUCAGUUUCGGCGUAUCUGAACAGAUUUGCACUUUUUUCAACACAAAAACACGUACGGAAGCAGAUA